AUGGGAAUCCCGUCAAUCAUACCUGAAGGUAUCCCAUGGGAAGUGAUUGGAGUCGACUACGUUAUUGAGUGUACUGGCAAAAUUGGCAAGAAAAAGGCUAAAAUUCACUUGYUGGCUGGUGCCAAGAAAGUUAUCAUCGCUGCCCCAAGUAAAGAUGCUUCCAUGGAAGAGUCCGAAAGCAAAAUGAAAAAGAUCUUAGGAUGCAUUGAAGGUGAUGUCAAGUCCCACUUUUUGGGUGACAACAGGUCAAGCAUAUUCCACUCGAAGGCUGGAAUUGCUGUGAAUGAAAAUGAGUGGGCCUAUGCUUCUCUGGUCGUCAACUUUGCUCUCUCCCUCCUCUUCCAGAUUCGAUGGAGCUAG